AUGGCUAGUGGUGAUUCUUCUCCUCCUAAAUAUAUGACAUAUUCAAAUUCAGGACUUCCCAUAAUAGGAGCCCUGUUCGAUUAUGUGGAUACUAGCGUUGAAUAUUUCUGGACUAAGACAUUUGCUCGCGCUGAGAAAAUUAAUGUGCGCAGGUCGAAAGCUACAUUAUCUGCUCCGUUUAUAACGCUGGUGUGCUUAAUCUUGGGUUCGGUUUCGAAUGUCAAACUAGAAAUUGUGACGUUGGACGAAAAACCUUUGCCAAAUGAUUUACACGUUGUAUUGAUGAGUGAUAAGUAUAAACUUUACGUCGAUGACAUAAAUGUAUCAAAAAUUUUAUGCUGUAUAGAAGCUUCGGAUGCACUUGUAAUAUUAAUUAGCUGCUUGCUUGUAUGGAAUGCGUCACAUGGGCAUUCCCCAUUACGUGAGUACCUGUUUCUGCCCUGGAUGGGAGUUACUCUACGCGGACUGGUUUUACGACAAGCCCCAACAACGGGGGCUUUAUUGUAUACGAUGUUCGUCGCUAAUGGGAACGUUAACAUAUUAUUCACCACGGCAUUUAUCUUAUUGUUAUUUUUAGAAUUGUGUAUAUGGUUGGAGAUCGUCAGGCUGGUGCUUAUGCGUUGGGAGCGUCGAGAACAAAUGAAGAUGUCCUCCGAAGUAAAUUGUGAAGUGCAGACUCUCUGGAGCAAUGAUGACGUGCCUAGCGUUGAAGUGCGAAAUUACGUUUAUUAG